UAUGGUCGCCGGCCGGCCGUUGCAGGUUUCAGGACUGGGGAUUGGAGAAGGGGUGGGGUGACACUACUGAGACAUGCAGAGAAACACUCAACUUCCUCUCGGAAGUGCUCCAGGCGCCGGAUCCUAUCAACAUGGAGAAGUUCUUCAGCAGGGUGCCGUCGGUGUUCAACAUCGUCAUCUUCUCCAUCCACGGUUACUUUGGUCAAGAGAAGGUGCUUGGGUUGCCCGAUACCGGCGGUCAGGUGGUUUACAUCCUGGACCAAGUUAGAGCUCUUGAAGAGAAACUUCUGCAAAGAAUCAGGAAGCAGGGCCUGAAUGUUACCCCAAAGAUUCUUGUGUUAACAAGACUCAUACCGGACGCAAAGGGCACCAAGUGCAACGUUGGGCUUGAACCGGUCGAGCACACUAAGCAUUCAAGCAUCCUCCGUGUGCCAUUCAAGACCAAUGAUGGGAAAGAUCUUCGCCAGUGGGUCUCCCGGUUUGACAUUUACCCUUACCUGGAGAGAUAUGCCCAGGAUUCUUCUGUCAAGAUUCUUGACAUUCUGGAGGGGAAGCCAGACAUGGUCAUCGGAAAUUAUACCGAUGGCAAUUUAGUAGCAUCCCUCUUGUCGAGCAAACUCGGGGUCACCCAGGGAACAAUUGCUCAUGCUCUUGAGAAGACAAAGUACGAGGACUUAGAUGUCAAGUGGAGAGAAAUGGACCACAAGUAUCACUUCUCCUGCCAACUUACUGCUGACAUGAUCGCCAUGAACACUAGCGACUUCAUCAUCGCUAGCACCUACCAGGAAAUAGCCAGAAGCAAAGACAAACCUGGCCAGUAUGAGAGCCACUACGCCUUCACAAUGCCAGGGCUGUCUCGCUACGCCACAGGCGUCAACGUCUUCGAUCCCAAGUUCAACAUCGCCGCCCCUGGUGCUGAUCAAUCCGUUUACUUUCCAUUCACACAAAAACAGGCUGGGCUGACCGACUUGCACCCUCAGAUCGAGGAGCUACUCUACAGCAAGGAGGACAAUAAUGAACACUUAGGGUACCUAGGGGACAGGAGCAAGCCAAUCAUCUUCUCCAUGGCAAGGCUCGACAAGGUGAAGAACAUAACCGGGCUGGUCGAAUGGUACGGUGAGAACAAGAAGCUCAGGGACCUUGUCAACCUGGUCAUCGUUGGGGGACUCCUGGAACCAUCACAGUCAAACGACAGAGAAGAGACCGAGGAGAUCAACAAGAUGGACAGCUUGAUGGACAUGUACCAGCUCAAGGGACAGAUCUGCUGGAUCAAAGCACAGACCGAGCGCGUGUGCAACGGUGAGCUGUACCGUUGCAUUGCAGAUACCAGGGGCGCCUUCGUUCAGCCUGCACUCUACGAGGCAUUUGGACUAACGGUCAUCAAGGCGAUGAACUGCGGGCUGCCAACAUUCGCGACAAAUCAAGGAGGACCAGCAGAAAUCAUCGUCAACGAGGUUUCGGGUUUCCACAUCAACCCGCUCAACGGCAAGGAGGCAAGCGACAAGAUCGCAGCCUUCUUUCAGAAAUGCAAGGAGGACCCCACCUACUGGAACAAAAUGUCCACUGCCGGACUCCAGCGCAUCUAUGAGUGUUACACGUGGCAGAUUUACGCGACUAAAGUUCUGAACAUGGGGUCGAUGUACGGCUUCUGGAGGACUCUGAACAAGGAAGAGAGGUAGGCCAAACAGCUCUA